CGCCGUCCGGGGCCCCGGCCUUCGCCUCGGCCCCUCCGCCCGGACCGGCGGCCGUGGUGCGGCUGCGCAGCUCCGGCGACCCUAGAAGCCCCCGGGCGCGGGCUGAGCGGCGGCGCUGUGUGGCUGCGCCAUGGCCGCGUCGGCGUGGUGCUGCCUGCGCUGCUGCAGGGACGGCGCGACCGGCCACAUUCCUCUCAAGGAGAUGCCGGCCGUGCAGUUGGACACGCAGCACAUGGGAACAGAUGUUGUCAUUGUGAAAAAUGGAAGAAGAAUCUGUGGCACAGGAGGUUGUCUAGCCAGUGCGCCCUUACAUCAGAACAAAAGCUACUUCGAGUUCAAAAUCCAGUCUACCGGAAUCUGGGGUAUAGGUGUUGCAACUCAGAAAGUUAACUUGAACCAGAUUCCUCUUGGCCGAGAUAAGCAUAGUCUGGUGAUGAGAAAUGAUGGAGCCCUGUACCACAACAAUGAAGAGAAAAACAGGCUGCCGGCAAACAGCCUUCCUCAGGAGGGAGAUGUAGUGGGUAUAACAUAUGACCAUGUCGAGCUAAAUGUGUAUUUGAAUGGGAAAAAUAUGCAUUGUCCAGCAUCAGGUAUACGAGGGACAGUGUAUCCUGUUGUAUAUGUUGACGACAGUGCAAUUUUGGAUUGCCAGUUCAGUGAGUUUUAUCAUACUCCUCCACCUGGCUUUGAAAAAAUAUUAUUUGAGCAGCAGAUCUUCUGAACGAGUCGGUUUUCAAAACUUGCGCUCUGCACCGUCACACGAGUGCUCACCACUUAAUACCGCUCCCCCUGAUCCAGAAAUAAGAACACACUCUGAAAACUGAGCUUCUUUUGUUGUCUAAGGAACCCAUAUAGUCAUUCAUUAUACCAUCCUGAGGUUUGAUUUCAAAGAUUUAGGCAACUUAUUUAAUCUUAUUUAAACAAAUAAACCAUGGGUUUGAUUAACAGUAUUAUGUGGUAAUAUGUAUAUAAAUAUUUAAAGGGAAUUUUUCUUAUAUAAAGUAUUUGUUUGACAAUGAUGUGUAAUUGAGUGUGUUUUGGGUUUUUGUUUUUUGUCAUUCUGAACUUGAGUCACCACAAUCUGUAAUCCAAUAAUUUUGUGUACUUGUCCCUUUUGAUAAAAUGAAAUGGCCGGAACUUAUAUACCUGGCAGCUUAGUUUGGCUAAUGUAUUUCCUCUGAUGAUAGAGCACUUUUCUUAAAACUGAAACUGCUUCUUUUGCUGUGUUAUAUCACUGCUUUCUGUUGCCUUUCUGAAAGAUGAGAGAUUAGUUAUCAGUAUCUUGUUGAAGACCAUCAAGCUGUUGAAGUAGUGAUUGAUUGUCCACAGGACACUGGCAGACAUAUAGAAGAGUUAUGAUGCUUUAAAUAUAAGUGAGCCAAGUAUGGUGGAUGCACCUUUAUUCCCAGCGUGUGGGAGACACAGGCAGGUAGCUGAGUGUGAGGCUAGCCUGGUCUGUAUAGAGAGUAUUAUUAAAUACCAGGACAACCAGGGCUGUGGAGGGAAAAGCUAUCCAAAAAAAAAAAAAAAUCUAAUUGUUUGUUUGCUGUAAAGAAUAAUAAAGACUUAUGAAGGAAUA